UGGUCUCUGGAAUCACUGUCUCUGGGGAGAGAGUCACUCCAGCUGACAUGUUGGGGGCUGCCCUGUGACGAGACCCUGAAUGGCCAGGAACUGAGGCUUCCUGCCAACAGCCAUGAGAAGGAGCUUAGAAAGACAUCUUCAGGCCAGCUUUCCAGAUCAAGUCCUUCACAUCCCUGCGCUUCCGGUCCGAGCCCUCUGAUGCCGUCACCAUGCGCGGAGGGAAUGUCCUCCUGAACUGCUCUGCCGAGUCUGACCGGGGCGUCCCCGUCAUCAAGUGGAAGAAAGACGGCAUCCACCUCGCCUUGGGAAUGGACGAAAGGAAGCAGCAACUUCCAAAUGGGUCUCUGUUAAUCCAAAACAUACUUCACUCCAGGCACCACAAGCCAGACGAGGGACUUUACCAAUGCGAGGCGUCUUUAGGGGACGCUGGGUCAAUUGUUAGCCGCACAGCAAGAGUUGCGGUAGCAGGACCCCUGAGGUUCCUCUCCCAGACAGAAUCUGUCACUGCCUUCAUGGGCGACACAGUGCUGCUAAAGUGUGAAGUCACUGGGGAACCGAUGCCAACAAUACACUGGCAGAAAAACCAGCAAGACCUGACUCCCAUCCCUGGCGACUCCCGCGUGGUGGUCUUGCCCUCCGGAGCCUUGCAGAUCAGUCGACUUCAACCGGGGGACAUUGGAAUCUAUCGAUGCUUAGCCCGGAAUCCAGCCAGCUCAAGAACAGGAAAUGAAGCAGAAGUCAGAAUCUUAUCAGAUCCGGGACUGCACAGGCAGCUGUAUUUUCUGCAAAGACCAUCAAAUGUAGUCGCCAUUGAAGGAAAGGAUGCCAUCCUGGAGUGCUGUGUUUCCGGCUACCCUCCCCCGAGUUUUACCUGGCUAAGAGGAGAGGAACUCAUCCAACUCAGGUCCAAAAAGUAUUCUUUAUUGGGUGGAAGUAACUUGCUUAUCUCCAAUGUGACAGAUGAUGACAGUGGAACUUACACCUGUGUUGUCACAUAUAAAAAUGAGAAUAUUAGUGCUUCUGCAGAGCUCACAGUCUUGGUUCCGCCAUGGUUUUUAAAUCACCCUUCCAACCUCUAUGCCUAUGAAAGCAUGGAUAUUGAGUUUGAAUGCACAGUCUCUGGGAAGCCUGUGCCCACUGUGAACUGGAUGAAGAAUGGAGAUGUGGUCAUUCCUAGUGAUUAUUUUCAGAUAGUGGGAGGAAGCAACCUGCGGAUCCUUGGGGUGGUGAAGUCGGAUGAGGGCUUUUAUCAGUGCGUGGCUGAAAAUGAAGCCGGAAACACCCAGACCAGUGCACAGCUCAUUGUCCCUAAGCCUG